AUCUCAGGACGGGAACAUGUGAGCAGGGAAUGGGCGACUGGAAACAGGAUUAUUGUUCUACACAGCAGAGAGACGCAGGAGGGGCCCGGGACAGGAGAGACACGGGGACACUGUGACAAACCCGAGGAGACUUUUUUUUCCCCUUUUUAAUUUUUGCGCAUCAGAGAAAUCGGAGGAAUAUCUGGCCAAAGAUGAACACCAUUGUGUUUAACAAGCUGAGCAGCCAGGUCCUGUUCGAGGAGAAGGCGAAAGAGGUGGAAAUGAGCAGCAGAAAUUAUCUAGAAGUCAUCGACGGGCAACAUCCAGACCUCCUCUCCAGCAACCAGACCAUCAGAGACAACCAGGCCAUCAGACACCGGCGGAGCGGGGGUCGUCCCAGCGGCGGUAAAGUGCGACACAAGCGUCAGGCUCUGCAGGACAUGGCGCGGCCGCUCAAGCAGUGGCUCUACAAGCACCGGGACAACCCCUACCCCACCAAGACAGAGAAGAUCCUGCUGGCCCUCGGCUCGCAAAUGACUCUGGUCCAGGUCUCCAACUGGUUCGCCAAUGCCAGGAGGCGACUGAAGAACACGGUGAGGCAGCCAGACCUGAGCUGGGCGCUCAGGAUCAAACUCUACAACAAAUAUGUCCAGGGCAACGCAGAGAGGCUGAGCGUCAGCAGCGAGGACAGCUGCUCAGACGACGGGGACAACCCUCAGAGGACACAGAACGGACCCCAGGAGCUCAACAAGCCCAUGUACCAGAGCGUGAUCAAGAAGGAGGGCUCCUCUAUGGUGGGCAUGGCCAUGGGUAUGGGCAUGGGUGCGGGGCUGCGCUCGGCUGCCUCACUGGCCGAGGACUACGUGUCUCCGCCCAAGUACAAGAGCAGCCUGCUGCACCGCUACCUGAACGACUCGCUGCGCCACGUCAUGGUGGCCAACGCCGUCAUGGACGCUCGCAAGAGGAACCACUCCGGUUCCUUCAGCUCCAACGAGUACGACGACGAGCUGCUCUCGCCGUCCUCCUCUGAGGCUGAGGCGAACUUUGUUUAUCGGGCUGAAACCACAGACCAUGGAUCAAGUAAAUGUGACAACAGCAGCGGUGGCGUCGUAGCUGCGCAGAAAGAGCGGGUGAAGGGCAAAGACGAGACGUACUGGAGGGAGAUCAACGCCGCCAUGGCAUUGACCAACUUGGCGCAGGGGAAGGACAGCGCCUCCGGGACCACCAGCUGCAUCAUCCAGAAGUCCUCUCAUAUAGCAGAGAUCAAGACUGUUAAAGUGCCGCUGAUGCAGAAAUAUUAGCCCUGACGUCAUCCUCCCAUCUCUCUAUGCAAACCAGCAAACAUUCCUGUUUCAGCAAACUCGCCGGAGUCCAAAUAAACUCCCUCAGCAGUGAGAAGAGAAACUGUCGUUUAGGGAGGGGAUUGGUGUUUGAGGCGAGGAAGUGUGGAACAAAAACUUUUUUUAUUGGUGUCUAAAAAAAGUGCAAAAGAGGCCUUGACCAUCAUUUUCUUUGCUGACAGACAAAUGUUGAUGAGUUUCACUGCAGUAUUUCCUAAAGCAAGACACUUUUGUAAUGUUAACUUAUUUUUGAUGAGUCUGAUUUUUUUAUUUCUUCUUCUUUUUUUUAUGCUACAAAAUUUGUAUUUUGCCUCAAGUGCCUUUUUGUUAUUUAGAAAAAUAACUCGCCGACUGUGGUCAGUGCAAAGUACACAAACAGAGGUGCCUCUUCUUACUAAGUUUAGUGUCGCAGACGUGAUUCAGGAUUCGCUUUGUGAAUGAAAACUCCUAUAACAUAACAGCCUGUGCCUUAAGGAUUGAAUGAGCACACCAUCCGAGGCACUGAUGAACUCAAAUAGCAUACACGCUCUUUUAGAAUAUAUCCAGCAGUAACUCCUUGAAGGCAUCGCGCUUGUUUCGACUGGAGUCUUCAUUUUGACGGUAAACCGAGCGCUGUUGUGUCUCAGUCAGCCCCUCGCUGCUGGCAGGCCGUCGGAUACGUAGAUAAGUUGCCCUAACGUGAGCAGCAGAUCGAUAAGCAGCCAACGCACUGUGCCGUGUCCACACGUCAGCCUUGGAUUUCAGCACCCAGCGAAGGAUUCCUUUCUUAUCGUGGCUUAUAGCUGCUGAAACGUGCCCAAACGUCAGCUGGACCCAGAUGAAGUCACAUUCACCCUCGCAGUGACACAGAUGUACGGGCACGCUUUAAUACAGUAUCUGUUCUGACAGAAGAAUGCCAUGACCUAAAAGGGAUGUUUUUGCUUUGCAUUAUCAUUGUUUUUAUGUGGACAGUGUUGCCUUUUCACAUGUUUGUGCUCAGAACAAGAUAGUCCGGAGUGAAUGAAAGAAAAAAAAAAAAUCCACCACCAGCUCCCCCAGCCUUUUGAUCCUCAGCCCUCUCAGCUGUUUAGCAUUACAUUCAAAUUGCUGUUUACAAGAAGCCAGAGGAUAGACUUAAAAGUCUGACUUUCUCCCCCCUUGCUUUUUUUUUCUUUGUUUGUUUGUCUGCAAAAAUACAUUUCAGUAUUAUCUAUUUGUCGGCCAAGCAAGUGCUCAAAGUAUUUGUUAUUGUCAGUCUGUAUAUGUGUGGUCGUUUUGUUUUUGAUCAGAACUUGGUUUCACUUAGCCGCACCGCAUUAAGAGCUUCUUUCGUCAUCCAAUGGAAAGAGUCUCUUUUCUAGAAAGUACUAAUGUACGGUGCAUAUGUUAGAAACGUUUGCGGCGAACGAUGCCAAGUUCACAAACUGGGGGAAAUCGAGUUGGACUUAUGGAAGAAACUGAAGUUGGCUCUCUGUGCUGACUUUGUAAUUUUAUGUAUAUCUUAAAGGUACUGUUUAUGUGUGUCAAAAUGUACACUCCUUCAUAAAUUGUGCCGUUUUUUUGUUUUUUUUUUGGACAGCCCAUACUGUGCUUAUGGUCAAGGACUUUGAGGGAGUGAAGCUGCACAAAGUGACUUUUUGACCUUUUUUAUGUCUUGAAUGUGCAAACUGUU